AUGUUGGGAUUGGGCGUUCGUCGACUGAAAGCCCGCCCGUCUCUGCUGGAUCUCAUUGCCAAUCGUGGGGUUGGUGACCUGUCGUCCUCCGCCCGAUCGCAGAAGCCUCCGUCAUCACCGCCCAGACCAGGCGACCUGCCACCGCUCCCCGUUUCGCCCACGACCUCCAUUGACAGCACUGGCUCGAGCAGUCCCAACAUCCCACCGCCCCUCCUCAUAACCCCCUCCGUCCAAACUCCGGUUUCUCACAUCAUGGCUUCCUCUGGAAAGGGCCCCGAGAGCUCUGAAGAUGCUCACCAUGGUACAGUCUUCUCCAUCUCCGGUCCAGUCGUGGUCGCCGAGAACAUGCUUGGAUGCGCCAUGUACGAGCUGUGCCGUGUUGGAAAUGACCAGCUAGUUGGAGAGGUCAUCCGCAUUGAUGCGGAUAAGGCCACUAUUCAAGUCUACGAGGAGACAGCUGGAUUGACGGUUGGUGACCCCGUCUGGCGAACCGGCAAGCCUCUAUCCGUUGAGCUCGGUCCCGGUUUGAUGGAAACGAUCUAUGACGGUAUCCAACGACCCCUGAAAGCUAUUUUCGACCAGACAAACGGCAUCUACAUUCCCCGUGGUAUCAAAGUCAACGCGCUGGAUCGUGAGAAGAAAUGGGACUUCAAGCCCGGCACGUUCAAGGUCGGCGAUCACAUCACUGGUGGUGACGUUUGGGGCUCCGUCUUCGAGAACAGCUUGUUGAAUGACCACAAACUCCUCCUUCCUCCCCGCGCCAAAGGUACGAUCACUCGGAUAGCGGAAGCCGGUAGCUAUACGGUCGAGGAGCAACUGCUGGAGAUUGAGUUCAAUGGCACCAAGACAACCCACGGAAUGAUGCACACCUGGCCUGUUCGUGUUCCCCGACCGGUCAAUGAAAAGCAGUCCGCAAGUGAUCCCUUCAUUGUCGGUCAGAGAGUGCUGGACUCUCUCUUCCCAAGUGUGUUGGGCGGUACUGUCUGCAUUCCUGGCGCUUUCGGAUGCGGUAAAACUGUCAUCUCUCAAAGUGUGUCCAAAUUCUCUAACAGUGAUGUCAUUGUGUACGUCGGUUGCGGCGAGCGUGGUAACGAGAUGGCUGAAGUGUUGAUGGACUUCCCCGAGCUCAGCAUCGACGUUGGUGGCCGGAAAGAACCUAUCAUGAAGCGUACUUGCUUGAUCGCCAAUACCUCCAACAUGCCUGUCGCCGCUCGUGAAGCUUCCAUCUAUACCGGUAUUACUAUCGCCGAGUAUUUCCGUGACCAAGGAAAGGACGUCGCUAUGAUGGCAGACUCCAGUUCCCGGUGGGCUGAGGCCCUUCGUGAGCUUUCUGGUCGUCUGGGAGAGAUGCCUGCUGACCAGGGUUACCCCGCCUACCUCGGAGCCAAGCUCGCCUCUUUCUACGAGCGUGCUGGUAAGAGUACCGCCCUGGGAAGCCCCGAGCGGGAGGGUAGUGUCAGUAUUGUCGCUGCCGUCAGCCCACCUGGUGGUGAUUUCUCAGACCCCGUUACCACCAGUACUCUGGGUAUUGUCCAGGUGUUCUGGGGUCUCGACAAGAAACUGGCCCAACGCAAGCACUUCCCCUCUAUCAACACAUCCAUCUCAUACAGUAAAUACACCAACGUCCUGGACAAAUUCUACGAAAAGGAGCAUCCUGAGUUCCCUCGCCUGCGUGAACAGGUUCGAGGAUUGCUCGCAAAAUCAGAGGAACUCGACCAGGUCGUGCAACUUGUCGGAAAGGCCGCGCUCGGCGAUCCCGACAAGAUUACCCUAGACGUGGCUGCGAUGGUGAAAGAUGACUUCCUCCAGCAGAACGGAUACAGUGACUACGACCAGUUCUGCCCUCUCUGGAAGACCGAGUACAUGAUGAAGGCGUUCAUGGGGUACCAUGACGAAGCACAGAAGGCGAUUGCCCAAGGCCAAAGCUGGCCCAAGGUUCGUGAUGCCACUAGUGACAUCCAGAGCGCCCUGCGGAACAUGAAGUUCGAGGUUCCGGAUAAUGAGGCAGAGGUUUCUGCGAAGUAUGAGAAGAUUCUGCAGACCAUGUCGGAGCGGUUCGCCUCUGUGUCUGAUGAGUAA